CUUUCUGCCCAUAACGUUACUGUGCUGCAGCUCAACGGUCCGGAGAAAGAGGGCCUUGUUGUGGGCUGGACCGGUUCACUGACCAACAUUACACUGCAGGUCACAGCAGGACAGAGGAGCAACAGGCUGCCAGAGAGAGAUUGAAUCCAGCAGUCACAAUGGCAGACAGCAGGAAGACUAAUGAGACUGGAGCUGCAGCAGCAGAACCAGCUAAUGGAGACCAGCAGAAUGUUGUUUCCCGAGUGAGCAAUUUGCCUCUGGUCAGUUCAGCUUGCGAGGCGGUUUCCAGCGCCUACAGCAGCACCAAAGACAGCGUGCCCUUGCUGAAGGGAGUGAUGGAUGCAGCAGAGAGUGGGGUCCGAACCCUGGGAGCAGCUGCCACCACGGGGUCCAAGCCUCUGCUGGACAUUAUAGAACCACAGCUUGCCACAGUGAAUGAGUACGCCUUGAAAGGACUGGGUAAAGUGGAAGAGAAACUGCCUAUUCUUCAUCAACCAGCAGACAAGGUGGUGUCAGACACAGUAGGUAUGGUGUACCAGUCGGUGGCAGGGGCCAAGGAUGCUGUGCUUGGGGCUGUGAUGGGCGGUGUUGAGAUGACCCGGGCAGCAGUCAGUGGAGGUAUCAUGACCGCCAUGGGGACCAGGAUGGGCCAGAUGGUCAGCAGUGGGAUGGGCCUGGCCCUGAGCCGAUCCGAGGACUGGGUUGACCAGAACCUACCACUCACUGAGAGGGAGCUGGCUGCUGUCGCUGAACCUGUCACCAGUGAGGUGACCACCCCGCCGACCAGCCCCGGCUACUUUGUCCGCUUGGGGAAACUCUCCGCCAAAGUACAGGAGCGAGCCCUAGAGCAGUCCCUGGGCCGUGCACGGCGUGCCAGGGAUGCCACCUAUGCUACAGUGGCUCAGAUGACCAGUACUCUGGACCUGCUAGAGAGUGCCCGUACCAGCCUGGGUACCGCCAGUAACCAGAUUGGAGGAGCCUCAGAGCAGCUGAUGCAACGCUGGACAGAGUGGAAACAGAAGCAGGCUGAAGCUAGACAGACUGAGUCAGAGCCAGAUGGGACCAGCGAUGAGGCUGAGCAGCUGGAAUGGCGGGUCCUCUCCAUGGUGCAUGGUCUGAGCGCCCAGCUGAGAUCAGCAUGCUCCAAUGUGGUGUCAAGUGCCCAGGGUCUGCCAGGUGCAGUCCAGGACCAGCUUACCAGCGCAAGGCGAUCAGCUGAAGAACUGCAUUCCUCUCUGGGGAACACCAGCACCAUCACACCCCUCCUUCUGGAGCGGAGCCGCCACCACCUGACCCAAGUUCAACAGUCUCUGGAUGGUGUCAUGGAAUAUCUGCUAAACAACACACCACUCAACUGGCUGGUGGGACCUUUCGCCCCUCAGAUCACUGAGAAGGCAGAGGAUGAUGUGGCGAUGGAGCAGAGCGGACCACACAAAUAGACUUUGUUCUGUUUCUCCAUGAGUUAAUCAAUGUGGUGACAGAAGACUGUUUACUGUAGACGGACCAUUUCAAAAAAAACACAUAACUGCUUGCCUUAAUGAAAGAGGCCUUAAAUUCAUGUAGUCAUGUUUUCUUCAUUAUGUACUCAGCUUUUAUUACCUAAUAACACUACAUUUGUGAUGUAGAAGUUAAUCAUAAGUCAGUUAAACAUGACUGAAUGCUCUGACCUGUGGCCAAAAAGAAUUUACCCAUUUGUGCACUUUAUUAUUUAUCCCAAAAGUUAAAAGUAUUUUUACAUGUGUUGAAGAUUACUCUCUGUAUGUGCCCUGCCCAUACUGGUGUUUGAAAAACUUGUGUUAGUGCCUUAAAAGAACUGAAAGCAUUCCCAGAGUUAAGCCAAAUUUAUGCUGCCUGUCAACACCGAGACCAUUUCAAGACUCUCAAUUCCCUUUGUGAGAGUAGAGCAGACAUGAGCAUGCAACUUUAAUGAAAUUUAAAGCCCAUAAAGCCUUCAUGUGUUUUUAGAUAUGCAGUUUUAAUUUCAGUGUUUUAAACCCUGAUGGGUUUAUGGAAAGCAGCUAAUUAAGAGCCAAUAACCUGACGUGAAUAAAAUUUGACACAGCACAGUGUUGGUGUCUCGCUUGAUAUACUUUAAUAAAAGUGUUAUUUGUGAG